AUGGCGGCGAUUACCGCGCCGCCGGCCCCUCCUCCGGCCUCCACCUCAUGCCGUCUCCUCCGCCGCCGGGCGCCACUCAUCCGCUUCGCCGCCUCCUCCUCCUCCUCGUCGUCGUCCCCAUCCUCCCGCUUCCGCCCAUCCUCCUCCUCCUCCUUCCCCGGUGCAGCCGGCAGCAGCAGCAGCGGCGGCGGGGGCGAGAUCCUCCACAUGUCGCCGCCACCCCCGCCCGCCGCGCCCCCGGGGGCCCCCGUCUACGUCACGCUCCCCGCCGACACCGUCGGCCCGGGGGGGCGCGUCGCGCGCCGCCGAGCCAUGGGGGCCUCGCUCGCCGCCCUGGCCGCCGCCGGCGUCGCGGGCGUCGCCGUCGAGCUCUGGUGGGGCGUCGUCGAGCGCCACCGCCCCGGGGAGUACGACUGGGCCGGCUACCUCGAGCUCGCCGCCAUGGCACGACGCCACGGCCUCCGCGUGCGCGCCAUCCUCGCCUUCCACCAGUGUGGCGCCGGCCCGCAUGACCCGCCCUGGAUUCCUUUGCCACAAUGGGUGCUUGAGGAGAUGGAUAAGAUUCCAGACUUGUCAUAUACCAAUAGAUACCAGAAGAGAAACAAAGAAUAUAUAUCACUGGGAUGUGAUAUUCUUCCUGUUCUGAAAGGAAGAUCACCUAUGCAAGCUUACUCCGACUUCAUGAGAAGCUUCCGCAAUACUUUCGAAGAUUUCCUUGGGGCCAUAGUAACAGAAGUUCAAGUUGGAAUGGGUCCAGGAGGUGAGCUUAGGUAUCCAUCAUACCCAACUGAGAAGCUAAAUCAGCCAGGCAGUUCAUCUGAACUUGGGGAAUUUCAAUGUUAUGACAAGUUUAUGCAAGCUUCAUUGAGUGCUCGUGCGCAGAUUUUUGGGUUACAAGAAUGGGGUAAUGGCGGUUCAACUGGCACAGAUGGUUCACAGCAGAACCUUGAAGAAACAAGAUUUUUUCACGCUGAUGGAGGCUAUUGGGAUACACCUUAUGGUCACUUUUUCCUUGAGUGGUAUUCAGGAAUGCUUCUCCUCCAUGGAGAGAGGUUAUGCAUGAUAGCUGAUGCAAUCUUCUCUGGUACUGGUGUGACCAUCUCAGGGAAAGUUGCUGUCAUACAUUGGCACUAUUAUACUUGUUCACAUCCAUCUGAACUGACAGCUGGCUACUAUAAUACACUAUUAAGAGAUGGCUAUCUUCCUAUAGCUCAAAUGUUUGCCAAAUACAAAGCUGCAUUGUGCUGCGGUUGUUUCGACCUGAGGGACGCAGAAAGAACAAAUUCUGAGAGCAGUCCAGAAGGUACUCUCCAGCACCUUGCAGGUGCUGCUAAAAUGUGCAACCUUCCUCUUAAUGGUGAGAAUUCUGUGACAAGGCUAGAUGAUGCAUCACUGAAUCAAGUCAUAAGAAGCUCGAGGCUCUACUCAGGAACAUCUUUUUCCUUUAACUAUGUUAGGAUGAACAAAACCUUGUUUGAGUUUCACAAUUGGAAUCGAUUUACAAAGUUUGUUAGGCAGAUGUCAGAUGCCAGGACCUUUCUAGCAAGACUAUAUGUCAGGAGAGGGCAGCAAUACUUGUCUUCAAUGUCGGCUGUUUGGGUGGUUAGUCGGGCUUGUGCAUAUACAUGA